UGGUCAGUGGUUGGCGACGCUUUCGCACUCCCUCACCAGUGAGGAUGCGACUGCCAUGGAGAGCCCGCGCACUAAACGCAGCAUCUGGGAAGAGGGCGUUCUCGCACCCUGCAGGGAUGCUGCACUUUGUGCCAGCCAGCAGCACCGUUGACGCCCGGUCUAUGCAGCAGCUACAAGCCUUCGUGUCCCGUGCAUCGCGCCUCUUUGUUAUCAGCGGUGCGGGUCUUUCAACGGAGUCGGGCAUCCCCGACUACCGCUCAGAGGGUGUUGGACUGUAUGCCCGCACCGACAGACGCCCCAUGCAGCACGCUGAAUUCGUCCGCAGUGCCAAGUCACGACAGCGCUACUGGGCGAGGAACUAUGUGGGGUGGCCGCUGUUCUCGUCCCACGAGCCAAACUCUGCACACAGGGUCCUACAGCGGUGGGAGGAGAAGGGCAAGCUGCACUGGCUGGUCACCCAGAAUGUGGAUGCGCUUCAUUCCAAGGCGGGGCAUACAAGACUCACUGAACUCCACGGCUGUGCACACAGGGUUAUUUGUCUUGGCUGCAGCACUGUCUCGCCAAGACAGGAGCUCCAGAGGAGAUUUGCUGCACUGAACCCUGGCUGGGCAGCAGAGGUGAAUGCUGUGGCACCAGACGGCGAUGUUUUCUUGGAAGAAAAGCAGGUCCUCCACUUCAGAGUUCCUUCCUGUCAGAACUGUGGAGGCAUACUCAAGCCUGAUGUUACGUUUUUUGGGGACGUUGUAAACAAAACGACGGUGCAGUUGGUGCACAAGAGGCUGGCAGAAUCAGAUGCAGUGCUGGUCACGGGCUCAUCGUUGCAGGUCUAUUCGGGAUACAGGUUCUUACUGGCAGCAAGUGAUAGUAAAGUACCAAUUGCCAUCGUAAACAUUGGGCCCACGAGGGCAGACCAUCUGGCAGAGCUAAAAGUGAGUGCCCGCUGUGGUGAGGUGCUAGCAGUCAUUCAGAACCUUUGAGUUCAGAUAUUAAAUUGCAC